AGGUCGCGUCCAGGGAUGUGAAGAUGUCAGUGGGCUGUGCAUGCCCUGGCUGCUCCUCUAAGUCAUUCAAGCUGUACUCGCCAAAGGAGCCCCCGAACGGCAACGCCUUCCCCCCUUUCCACCCGGGCACCAUGCUGGAUCGAGAUGUGGGACCUACUCCUAUGUACCCACCGACGUACCUGGAGCCUGGAAUCGGGAGGCACACGCCGUACGGGAACCAGACCGACUACAGGAUAUUUGAGCUCAACAAGCGGCUGCAGAACUGGACAGAGGAAUGUGACAAUCUGUGGUGGGACGCCUUCACCACGGAGUUCUUUGAGGAUGACGCCAUGUUAACAAUCACUUUCUGCUUGGAGGAUGGACCAAAGAGAUACACGAUCGGCCGGACUUUGAUUCCCCGUUACUUCCGCAGCAUCUUUGAAGGGGGGGCCACAGAGCUCUACUACGUGCUCAAGCACCCCAAGGAGUCCUUCCACAACAACUUUGUUUCACUGGACUGUGACCAGUGCACCAUGGUCACUCAGCACGGCAAGCCCAUGUUCACCCAGGUGUGUGUGGAGGGGCGGCUCUACCUGGAGUUCAUGUUUGAUGACAUGAUGAGGAUAAAGACGUGGCAUUUCAGCAUCCGCCAGCAUCGAGAGCUCAUCCCCCGCAGCAUCCUUGCCAUGCAUGCACAGGAUCCCCAGAUGCUGGACCAGUUAUCCAAGAACAUCACACGCUGUGGGCUCUCAAACUCCACACUCAACUACCUCCGACUCUGUGUAAUCCUAGAACCAAUGCAGGAGCUCAUGUCACGGCACAAGACCUACAGCCUCAGUCCCCGGGACUGCCUCAAGACUUGCCUCUUCCAGAAGUGGCAGCGGAUGGUCGCUCCGCCUGCGGAGCCAGCACGGCAGCAGCCCAGCAAGCGCCGGAAAAGGAAGAUGUCAGGGGGCAGCACCAUGAGCUCCGGCGGGGGAAACACCAACAACAGCAACAGCAAAAAGAAGAGCCCAGCCAGCACCUUUGCCCUGUCCAGUCAGGUACCUGAUGUGAUGGUGGUAGGCGAGCCCACGCUGAUGGGGGGGGAGUUUGGGGACGAGGACGAGCGGCUCAUCACCCGGCUGGAGAACACACAGUUUGACGCCGCCAACGGCAUCGACGACGAGGACAGCUUCAACAACUCACCGGCGCUGGGGGCCAACAGCCCCUGGAACAGCAAACCGCCCUCCAGCCAGGAGAGCAAGUCAGAGAACCCCACGUCACAGGCGUCGCAGUAACGGCCCCCCCGCCGCCCCGUGGACUCAGUCCCAACCAAUCUACCUGUACAUUUGCAACGGAGAGUGACUGGGAAGCGGCGAGGUCCCGGGGGCACACCGGCGCCGCGAGGAUGAUGGGGUGCAUGGCCUGGGACGCAUGCCAGGCAGGCAGCCCCCAGCCCUCUCCCCCUGCCACCUCCCCACACCCCCAUGCCUGCCUCUGCAAUGGACCCCAGGGCAGGGGUGGGAUUCCGGGGCCAUAGCUUCGUUAUUUCCCCUUCUCUCUUCCUCCCUGCUUCUUGCCCAGAGAGCUUCUCACCCCUGCCCCGAUGUGCCCAACCCCUCCCUGCUGAGUGGGGGGAAUUAGGAGGGAGGUGUUGGCAGCAGCUGGCGUUACCAGAUGCCACAUGUUGGGGUUUGGUACAGCCCUGAGACCCUCCUUCUCCCUGGGUCCUAUGGCUGGUGUUUCCUGAACAGCCACCUGCAGGAGGGUUGCAUAUCCCCAGUCCAAACUGGGUCUGGGUGGGGGAGGCAGUGAUGGAAAGCUGUCCUCAUACCUCAGGUUCUGCCACAGAGCCUCCUCCGGCUGGGGUCAGAUCCUGCAGCGCUGGGGUGGUGUUGAGGAUAGGGCCCCAUCAUAUUUCCCCGCUCUCCUGCACCCUCCCCUUCCCCUUGCUCCCCGGAGCGAAAGCGCAGUGUGGCCAUGGGGGGACUCUGUAUAUAGGAAAUGUGUGGGGGGGGGCCUAGGGGGACACAGAGGACCUGCAGCUCUGCUGGAGCAGCCAGUGCCCUUGCUCCCUGCCUGCAGCCCCUGUGUUUCCCUCCACCCUGCGUGAGUCCGCCUGGGGCCCCUUUGCAAACCCUGGCUCCUGGUACCUCCUACUUUUGUCUUUUUUUAAGAAAAAAAAUAAUAUUAUUAAAAUUGUAAGUUUAAAAAAAAAGAAAAAAAAAUGGGAAAAGCCCCCCUCAGCCCCCUUGCCGGUUCCCCCCUCCCUGUCCUGAGCCCUCUCACCCUGUCCUGACUUUUGUACAGGCUUCUUCUCUUGGAAGUCUCAUUUUAUAUCCAGUUCAGAGAGCUUCAAACCAAGGAGAGACUUUGCAGACUUCCUUUCUAAUCCCUCCAGGGGUCGGGGGGAUCAGCCCCCCGCCUCCCUCCUCAAUGUAAAUCUUGUGUGCUGUUGUCCCCACUCCCCCCCUCGGGUUCGUGUACCUCGUGCUUGUACAUUUCCGCGCUGUAGACAGUGUGUACGAUACUGUUCUUUCAAUGUGUUAUCACUAGAGCAGGUGCCUCCAUUGAUGUUAGGGGAAACGAUGAGAAAAAUAAUAAUUUUGGGGGUUUUUUUUGGUUUAAAAAAAGAAAAAAGAAAAAAAAUAAACCCUUCCAAGGCUUCUUCCAAGGAGAAGAUGGGAGGUGCCGGGGGAGGGUGUUUGUGCUAACCAGUUCACCCCAGCAGCCUUGGAGGGAGGUUUUGGGGUGAGAUGGGAGUCUGGGCUGCCCAUGGGGGCCCCCUGGCAUGUCCCAAGGUGGGGUUGCAGCAAGUGCUGCCAUGGGGGUGGCCAGGGUGGGGGGACUGCCCUAGUGGGGGGACUGCCCUAGUGGGGGGGGUAUGUGUGUGUGAGAGUGUGUGUGAGAGAGGUUUGUGUGUCUGUCUGCAUGUGUAAGGAAGCCCAGGGCAGGCAGAGCAGCCCUGAAGUUUGGGGGAUAGGGUGGUGCACCCCAUUGUCUCCACUGCCCCUCCCCCAGCUCCCUGCCAGGGGUCCCACAGACCAUGUCCCUCUGCCUCGUGGGGUGGGGGGUUGGCAGGUGUCGCUGAGGGGCUGUCCCUGCCCGGGGGCUCUGGCUGCAGCAGGGGUGCUGCGGGACCCGUGCCUUGCCCACUCACAGCUGAGAGUGCAGGGGUUGCUGAGACAGGAUGGGGGCCAACCUGUGUGUCCCCUCCUUCUGCUGUCCCUGGGGUUGGGCAGGGAGAUGGGAGUCCUUUGAGUCAGCCCUGGUCAAGCUGAAAAUAUCUGGAGAGAUGCUUGUGUCGGCUCCUGGGCCCUUCCAUGGGCAGACUGGAGGCAGAGGGCUUGGCCGGUCAGACCCACAGCUGCAGGCACAGGGGUCCCCACAGCCCCUUUGCAGGUGGGGGUAGGAUCCCAGGGUGGGAGCCUGGUGUGGCAGGAAGGGAGCGGGGCUCUGAAUGAGUUGCAAUUAAGGUACGAUUCUCCGCACCAUGCCACAGGGCUGCCGUGGAGGGUGUGGAGCCCUCGCUGCCCCAGGCACACUGUAAUGCCUUUUUGUUUCUUUUGUUUGUUUGUUUUUUGGUUUUUUUGGUUGGUUGGUUGGUUGGUUUUUGGGGGUUUUUUUUUUUGCUUUUGUUUUUUUGGGUUUUUUUUCUUCCUCCCCUCCAUAGUUUGUGCCAUUUAUGAGUCAUGUAUGGUACCAAUAAAAUGACUUUUCGGUUU